AUGGCGACCGUACCUGUGCCCCAGGACUUACUGGACGGGAUAUCAGGCGCCCUCGCCAGCGGAGGUGACAUGCGACAGAUGAUCCUCCUAGCCUUCAUCGGCUUAUCCUUUUACAAUAUCGCCGAACUAGUCAUACUAGUACCAGGAACAUUCCGACGCUGGCGUGGACUGUACUUCUGGUCGCUUUUGAUAUCCGGCUGUCUGGGCGUGGUACCAUACUCGCUGGGCUUUCUAUUGAAAUUCUUCACGCGCGCGGAUUCCGUGCUUUCCGUGACCGUCCUCAGCAUCGGAUGGUGGACGAUGGUAACAGGACAAUCAGUUGUUCUGUAUUCGCGGCUACAUCUUGUGCUGCGGGACGAGCGCAUUCUGCGACGGGUGUUUCGCUUGAUCAUUGCCAAUGUCUUUCUGCUGCAUAUCCCGACGACGAUUUUGACUUUUGGGGCAAACAUCCUUCACGGAGGUGAUGUGGCCUGGGUGCGAGGGUACAAUGUUAUGGAAAAGAUACAGUUGACUGGAUUCACGAUCCAAGAAAGCAUACUGUCAACGCUGUAUGUCAUUGAGACGGUGAAAUUACUUCGCCUAGGGGCGGACGUAUCAGUCCGUCCGGAUACACGAAGCAUCAUGUAUCAACUGAUUGGGAUUAAUUGUGCGAUCAUGGGGAUGGACUUGCUGCUGCUGAGUCUGGAGUAUGCGGACUUUUACGCCCUGCAGAUCACGCUGAAGGGCUUUGUGUACUCGCUGAAGUUGAAACUCGAGUUUGCGGUUCUAGGACGACUGGUGGAUCUUAUACAGGGGUCUAGACACCCCAGAUCCAUCGCCAUUGCGGACACUUUCCCGCUUUGCUCUGUGUCGAGACCGCCUGGAACACCGGAUCAGAGUGAGGAUCCUUGUGAGGAGGCUGAGCCCAAAGACUUCUUGGCCGAAGCGCGAGGUCGAACUAUACAGAGAAGAAUGUUUUCCGAGCCCGAGAGGGCCGGUGUUUGA